AUGGCGGACUUCCAGGCGCAGCGCGAGCCGCUGGAGAAGGCGAUAGAGAGAGCGUUGAACAAACUCGCAGAGAUCGAGACCGCCAUCAACGACCCACAGCCCGGAUCCAAGGAGGAACUGCACCACGCGAUCAUCGGCCUCCAGUUCAAUCUCCAGAAGAUGACCACCCUCAGGGACCUCGCGAACCGCGGCGAGACCAAGACCGAAGUCCCCGUCCGCCUCCUCAGGGACCUCGACGAGGGCUGGCACCCGGAUGCCUUCACGAAGAACGCCCUCCAGGACGCAGCGAAGUUGAACGCGCAGGCACGGGACCUCUCCGGGCGGGUGCGCGCGCUGCAGGAGGCGCUGCUGCGAGGAGCCGCGAAGGCCAUGCCGGAGGAGGUGGAGGAGUAUUUGGCGCUGGACAGCGAGCGAACGGACCUGCGGCGAGCCGCGCAAGGUGCCGCGGAGGCUCAGGGCCAGUAG